AUGGAGUCCUGGGUAUAUCCCAGAGCUAAGUCCAUGGAGUGUGGCUAUUGUAGCCUCUUGCUGCCUGGAGGAAUCCUUAUCCCUAAGGUGAUUCUCAUUCUGACAAAGCUCUAUGACUUCAACUUGGGGAGUGUUACGGAGAGCUCACUGUGGAGGUCAACAGACUAUGGCACUACCUAUGAAAAGCUAAAUGACAAAGUAGGCCUGAAGACCGUGCUGAGCUACCUUUAUGUCAGUCCCACUAACAAGAGGAAGAUCAUGCUUCUUAGUGAUCCAGAGAUUGAGAGCAGCAUCCUUAUCAGCUCUGAUGAAGGGGCUACCUACCAGAAGUACCGUCUAAACUUCUAUAUCCAGAGCUUGCUCUUCCACCCCAAGGAGGAGGAGUGGAUCUUAGCCUACAGUCUGGAUCAAAAGCUGUACAGCUCCAUGGACUUUGGAAGAAAAUGGCAGCUCAUGCAUGAGCGGGUCACUCCAAACAGGUUUUACUGGUCGGUGACUGGUUUGGAUAAAGAACCUGACCUUGUGCACAUGGAAGCCCGGACAGCUGACGGACACACCCACUAUUUGACCUGUCGGAUCCAGGAGUGCUCAGAGACCAAAAGGAGUGGGCCAUUUUCACGCUCCAUUGACAUCAGCUCCCUUGUUGUUCAGGAUGAAUAUAUCUUCAUCCAGGUGACAGCUGGUGGAAGAGCAAAUUACUAUGUGUCGUACAGACGGGAGCCUUUCGCACAGAUUAAAUUGCCUAAAUACUCUCUUCCUAAGGACAUGCAUAUUAUCAGCACAGAUGAGAAUCAGGUGUUUGCAGCUGUUCAAGAGUGGAACCAGAAUGAUACGUAUAACCUGUAUAUCUCAGACACCCGGGGGGUGUACUUCACCCUGGCCUUGGAAAACGUGAAAAGCAGUCGAGGACUGGAGGGGAAUAUCAUCAUUGACCUUUAUGAGGUAGCAGGGAUCAAAGGCAUAUUCCUGGCUAACAGGAAGAUAGAUGACCAAAUCAAGACUUUCAUUACCUACAACAAGGGCAGAGACUGGCGUUUGCUGCAGGCACCGGACACCGAUCUAAGAGGGGAUCCUGUAGUUUGCCAGCUGCCCUUUUGCUCAUUGCACUUACAUCUGCAACUCUCAGAGAAUCCGUAUACUUCAGGAAGCAUUUCCAGCAAAGAGACAGCUCCUGGGCUGCUGGUGGCAACAGGCAACAUUGGCUCUGAGCUUUCCUACACUGAUGUCGGUGUGUUCAUCUCUUCUGAUGGUGGAAACUCCUGGAGACAGAUCUUCGAGGAGGAAUACAAUGUGUGGUUUCUGGACUGGGGAGGAGCACUAGUGGCCAUGAAACACACGUCAGUCCCCAUCCAGCACAUGUGGGUGAGUUUUGAUGAGGGAAGAUCCUGGAGUAAAUACAGUUUCACAUCAACACCACUCUUUGUGGAUGGAUCCCUUGUAGACCCUGGCAUAGAGACCCAGAUAAUGACAGUUUUUGGACACUUCAGUCUCCGUUCUGAAUGGCAGCUGGUCAAGGUGGACUACAAGUCUAUCUUCAGCCAGAGGUGUAACAAAGAUGACUACCAAACCUGGCAUCUGCACAAUCAGGGGGAGCCUUGUGUCAUGGGAGAGAGGAAGAUCUAUAAAAAACGCAAGCCUGGAGCCCAGUGUUCCCUAGGUCGGGACUAUUCCCAAACUGUGGUGUCUGAACCAUGUGUCUGCGGUCAAGGGGACUUUGAGUGUGACUAUGGGUAUGAGAGGCACAGCAACAACCAGUGUGUCCCAGCCUUCUGGUUCAGCCCGUCCUCCCUGUCCAAGGAUUGCAGCAUUGGUCAGAGCUACUUGAACAGCACUGGGUACCGAAGGAUCGUGUCUAACAACUGCACAGAUGGCUUGCGAGAGAAGUACAUGGCCAAGAUGGAGAAAUGCCCUGGAAAAGCACCUCGGGGACUGCACAUCCUCACUACUGAUGGAAAGUUGGUCACGGAGCAGGGUCACAAUGCCACCUUCAUCAUCCUUAUGGAAGAGGGCGAUCUCCAGAGGACAAACAUUCAGCUUGAUUUUGGAGACGGCAUUGCAAUAUCCUAUGCUAAUUUCAGCCCUGUUGAGGAUGGCAUCCGGCAUGUGUAUAAGAGUGCUGGAAUCUUUCAGGUGACGGCAUAUGCAGAGAACAGCCUGGGCUCUGACACUGCUGUCCUCUUCCUGCAUGUGGUCUGUCCAGUGGAGCACGUCCAUCUGAGCGUGCCCUUUGUCGCCAUCAAAAAUAAGGAUGUCAACAUUACUGCAGUAGUUUGGCCCAGCCAGACAGGCACGCUUACCUACUUCUGGUGGUUUGGUAACAGCACCAAGCCCCUCAUCACCUUGGAGAGCAGCAUCUCAUACAUCUUUGCCAUGGAGGGGAUGAACACUGUCACUGUGCAGGUUUCUGCGGGCAACACCCUCACCCAAGACACCAAGGAGGUCGCAGUGCAUGAGUAUUUCCAAUCUCAGCUCCUGUCAUUUUCGCCCAACUUGGACUACUAUAACCCUGACAUCCCUGAAUGGAGACAAGACAUUGGCAAAGUCAUCGAGAGAGCUCUAGCACAGGUGACUGGUAUCCCUGAUGAACAGAUCUUGGUAGCUGUAUUUCCUGGGCUGCCUACUUCUGCUGAACUCUUCAUACUGCCCCAUAAAAACACGACAGAGAGGAGGAAAAGCAGUGAGGCUGAUCUGGAGCAAGUGGUAGAAAUCCUUUUUAAUGCUCUCAACCAGAACCUGGUCCAGUUUGAACUGAAGCCUGGUGUUGAAGUCAUUGUGUAUGUUACUCAGUUAACAUUAGCACCCCUUGUUGAUUCCAGCACAGGUCAUAGCAGUUCGGCAAUGCUGAUGUUGUUGUCUGUGGUGUUUGUAGGCUUGGCUGUUUUUUUAAUCUACAAAUUCAAGAGGAAAAUCCCUUGGAUUAACAUCUAUGCCCAAGUUCAGCAUGACAAGGAGCAGGAAAUGAUUGGCUCUGUCAGCCAAAGUGAAAAUGCCCCCAAAAUAACUCUUAGUGAGUUCACAGACCCUGAGGAGCUGAUGGACAAAGAGCUGGACACGCGAGUGAUGGGAAGCAUCUCAACAAUUGCCAACAGUGAAAGCACAAAGGAAAUCCCCAACUGCACUAGUGUUUAA